AUGUCGUCGCUAUCCCCCAAUAGACUGAGGGUGCACAGUGACGCCGGGACGUCUCGCUCGCUGGACGGUGAGACGUUACGCCCGCGCGCCAACUCGAAUGUCUCCAGUGCAUAUACGGCCGUCAGGUCGAGGGCCAACUCGGAGGCCACCAAUGCCCCGGUCAAGGAGCUAUACGAUGAUGUCCCCUUGUCGGAUGCCUUGAACCCCGACCCUCGCAAUGAGCAGGACUUCAUCGUGACCGACAACAAGUUCGCCUUCUCGCCCGGCCAGCUGAACAAGAUGCAGAACCCCAAGUCUCUUUCUGCGUUCCACGCCCUCGGCGGGAUGAGAGGGCUCGAGCGAGGCCUGCGGACGGACUUCACGUCCGGCUUAUCGGUCGAUGAGAGCUCGCUGGAGGGAUCGAUCAGCUUUUCAGAAGCCACGUCGACUGGCUAUCCAAAGGAGGCUCCUGUCGAGCCUGCUAGCCCGCCGACCUCCGACAGCAACAUACAGUUCGAAGACCGCGUACGCAUCUUCUGUCAGAACAGACUGCCGGCCCGCAAGUCAACCGGCUUCCUGAAGCUGUUCUGGCUUGCCUAUAAUGACAAGAUCAUCAUCCUGCUGACAAUAGCUGCCAUCGUGUCGCUGUCUCUAGGCAUCUAUGAGACGACCAGCGAAGGGAGUGGGGUCGACUGGAUCGAGGGGGUGGCCAUUUGUGUGGCCAUCCUGAUUGUCACCACCGUGACUGCUCUGAAUGACUGGCAGAAGGAGAGGCAGUUUGCGAAGCUGAAUAAACGAAACAAUGACCGCGAAGUCAAGGCCGUCCGUUCCGGCAAGGUCUCCAUGAUAUCGAUAUUCGAUAUCACGGUUGGAGACGUCCUUCAUAUCGAGCCGGGUGACUCCAUUCCCGCCGAUGGCAUCCUGAUCUCGGGCCACGGAGUGAAGUGCGACGAGUCCUCCGCUACAGGAGAGUCCGACCAGAUGAAGAAGACCGAUGGCCACGAAGUCGGGCGGCAGAUCAUGGAUGGCAUCGCCACGAGGAAACUCGACCCGUUCAUGAUCUCGGGCAGUAAGGUGCUCGAGGGCGUCGGCACCUAUCUGGUGACCAGUGUCGGGCCGUACUCCACCUACGGCCGGAUCUUGCUAUCGUUGCAGGAGUCCAACGAUCCGACUCCUCUCCAGGUCAAGUUGGCUCGACUUGCCGAUUGGAUCGGCUGGCUGGGCUCAGGCGCUGCGAUCAUCUUGUUCCUCGCCCUGCUGUUUAGGUUUGCUGCGGACCUGUCUCAUAACCCAGGCUCGCCUGCUGUCAAGGGCAAGGAGUUUGUCGAUAUUCUUAUUGUUGCUGUGACGGUCAUUGUUGUUGCGAUCCCUGAGGGCCUGCCUCUCGCUGUAACCCUCGCCCUUGCGUUUGCCACGACACGCAUGGUCAAAGAGAACAAUCUCGUUCGUGUCCUCCGUGCUUGUGAGACCAUGGGCAACGCAACGGUCAUCUGCUCCGACAAGACCGGCACCCUGACACAAAACAAGAUGACUGUUGUUGCUGGAACUCUGGGCUCCAACAGCUUCAGACAAAGCCCGGGAGAGGAGCGCUCCUAUGAUGUGUCGACCGCCGCGGAGCUGUUCAAGCAAUGCUCGGACAAGACGCGAGACCUCCUUGUCAAGAGCGUUGCGUUGAACUCUACCGCGUUCGAGGAGGAGAAAGAUGGAUCCAGAGAGUUUAUUGGUAGUAAGACAGAGGUGGCGUUGCUGCAGCUGGCCAAAGACUACCUCGGGAUGGACGUCGCUACCGAACGGGCCUCCGCGGACAUCGUCCAACUGAUCCCCUUUGACUCCGCGCGUAAGUGCAUGGGGGUGGUCUACCACGAGCCCAAAACGGGGUAUCGCCUUCUUGUCAAGGGAGCUGCCGAGAUCAUGGCUGGCGCUUGCACGAGCAAGCUGGCGACGGGCACUUCUCACGAUAGCCUCGUCGCGGAUCUGUUACUCGAAGAGGACAAGCAGAAGAUGCUGGGUACAAUCGAGUCGUACGCGAGUCAAUCCCUGCGGACGAUUGGGCUGGUGUACCGCGACUUCCCAAGCUGGCCUCCACUGGAUGCUCGGCGCAUGAAGGAUGACCCCGAUGCAGUCAGAUUCGACGAUCUCUUCCACGACAUGACGUGGAUCGGGGUGAUGGGUAUCCAGGACCCCCUUCGACCUGAAGUCCCCGCCGCUAUUCAAAAGUGCCAUGCUGCCGGCGUCCAGGUGAAGAUGGUCACCGGUGACAAUCUCGUCACUGCCAGCGCCAUAGCCUCCUCGUGCGGGAUCAAGACCGAGGAUGGCGUCGUCAUGGAAGGCCCCAAGUUUCGCCAGCUUUCGGACGAGGAAAUGGACCGAGUCAUUCCUCGUCUUCAGGUGCUGGCGCGUUCAUCCCCAGAAGACAAGCGGAUCCUGGUGGCGCGACUCAAGAAGCUGGGCGAAACCGUGGCUGUUACCGGCGACGGCACCAACGACGGACCGGCCCUGAGGACUGCAGAUGUCGGUUUCUCCAUGGGAAUCGCCGGCACCGAGGUGGCCAAAGAAGCCAGCUCGAUCAUCCUCCUCGACGACAACUUCAAGUCGAUCGUCACGGCCAUCGCCUGGGGCCGGGCCGUCAACGACGCCGUAGCCAAGUUCCUACAGUUCCAAAUCACCGUGAACAUCACCGCGGUGAUCCUGACCUUCGUCUCGUCCCUGUACAGCAGCAAGAACCAGAGUGUACUCUCCGCGGUGCAGCUGCUCUGGGUCAACCUGAUCAUGGACACGUUCGCUGCUCUCGCACUCGCAACCGACGCGCCGACGGAGAAGAUCCUGCAGCGCAAGCCCGUUCCCAAGAGCGCAUCUCUCUUCACCGUGAUCAUGUGGAAGAUGAUCCUCGGCCAGGCCCUGUACCAGCUCGCCAUCACAUUCAUGCUCUACUUCGGCGGCCACCGCAUCAUCGGAUCGGCCCUGGGCAUGACGGACCCGCAGACAGUGCUGGACACGAUCGUCUUCAACACGUUCGUGUGGAUGCAGAUCUUCAACGAGUUCAACAACCGCCGCCUCGACAACCACCUCAACAUCUUCGAGGGCAUGUUCCGCAACUACUGGUUCCUGGGCAUCACCUGCAUCAUGGUCGCCGGCCAGAUCAUGAUCGUCUUCGUCGGCGGCGACGCCUUCAGCGUCACCCGCCUCGACGGCCUGCAAUGGGCCAUCUGCAUCAUCUGCGCCAUCGGCUGUCUUCCCUGGGCUGUGGUCUUGCGUAUGAUCCCCGACGGGCCCUGCGAGACUGCUCUGGGGUUUGUCGUCCGGGGCAUGAACCUCGUCUUCGACCCCAUGAGCAGGGCGUGUCGCUCUGUGAAGCGGACUGUCCAGCGCGCCACGAAGCGCGGCGCGAGGGAAAACAACGACGUCCCUGCUGCUGCUGUUGCUGCCGCCUUGCCGGACGAGGAAGCCGCCGCGGCGUCGCACGAUAUGCAUGAUUUGCCCCAGAUAAAGCGCGAAGAGACACCAGAGGAACCGACCGUCUCGAUUCCGGUGCCUCCGAUUACUAUUACGACAUCUUGA